AUGGUAGUCAAAGAGUGUCGCACCACUGUGCUUUUUCAUGACAUGGAUAUUUCUCGCCUUAUGGUCCAGUGGACGGGGUCGUUCAAGGUUCCAGCAAAGAGAAGUGAUCCUUCAAGGCCUACUAAUGAGAGGGUGUCUAACCCAAAACCUCAAGGAGAUGGUAAUAGGCCUCCUAUGCCUACUUGUGCUAAAUGUGGGAGAAAUCAUGAAGGGAAAUGUCUAGCGGGCUCUAAUGUUUUUUUUUUGUGUGGAAAAACUGAUCACAAAAUAAGAAAUUGUCCUUUGGUUGCCAAGAAUGAUGGAGAUGGUCGUCGUAGGGCUCAACCCGACCCUUUAUCUGGUCCAAGUGGUUCGGGUGGAAAUGCUCCUAAGCAAAACCAUUUUUAUGCUCUCUAA